AUGGAUGAUGACUCUCCUUGUGACACUGAUAUGGAUGAUGACUCUCCUCGUGAUACAAAUAUGGAUGAUGACUCUCCUUGUGACACUGAUAUGGAUGAUGACUCUCCUCGUGAUACAAAUAUGGAUGAUGACUCUCCUUGUGACACUGAUAUGGAUGAUGACUCUCCUCGUGAUACAAAUAUGGAUGAUGACUCUCCUUGUGACACUGAUAUGGAUGAUGACUCUCCUCGUGAUACAAAUAUGGAUGAUGACUCUCCUUGUGACACUGAUAUGGAUGAUGACUCUCCUCGUGAUACAAAUAUGGAUGAUGAGACUCCUUGUGACACAGAUCUGGAUGAUGACUCUCCUUGUGACACAGAUGUGGAUGAUGACUCUUUGUGA